AUCGAUGAGCACCUGAAGGCAGCAUCGUUUCAACAGUUCACGUCUGAAAGCUUCCGGUUGUUUUGUCUGUAAACUGCGGAUUAAAGAUCAGAGUGGCCUCUCGGUGACCUUUGACCUCCAUCAUGGCGUCUACAUCCAUCUCUAAGAUCGGCGGCGUCGUUGUUGUGACUCAAGUUAUUCCUCAGGAUGAAACGUCCAUCCAGCUGCAGAACCCUGCUGCCCCCCCGACCCCUCCAUCACCCCCAUCCGCCCCCUCUGCCCCCCCCACCAAGACCGACGACAUGGCCGCCAUCUUCCUGCGGGGGGAACCGCAGGGCCUCGGGUUGGUUCAGAUCUUCAUCGGGCUUCUCAGCGUUCUCUUCAGUCUGACCGCCGUUUACUCGCCGAUCCUCAUCAUCCACGCUCCGUUCAGCGUCGCCAUCGCUUUCGUGGUUUCUGGAUCUUUGGCCGUAGCAGCGAGCAGAACGCCGUCGGUCCAUCUGGUGUGGGCGUCGCUGCUGUCUAACGUGCUCAGCGCUGUGCUGAGCGUGGCGAGCAUCGUCUACCUCUGCUGGAUCCUCGCCGGUCCUUCUCCCGCGAUGCAGCUGUGCAGAGACGAGCGGUUCGGAGAUGAAAGCUGGACCAGAUGCAGCAGAAAUAUGUGGAGUCUGAACGUGAUCCUUUACGCGCUUCGCAUUUUCGUCCUCAUCCUGCUCGUCCUGCAGCUCUGCAUCGUCAUCAGCGUCAGCGUCUUCUCCGGGAAAGCCGUCAGACGCUCCGACCGCUACGCUCCCAUCAUGGUGAUGGUUGACAAUGGCAGCGAUGUCGACCUGUUGGGCAGCGAAGGCAAAGAAACGUCCUGAACGACCGAAACCUGCUGAUACCACUAUGAAUACUACAGUAAUACUACAGUAAUACUACAGUAAUACUACAGCAGAGGACUAUUAUACUACAGCCUCUGCCUGUCACUAUAAACUCUAAUCAUCAGACAGUUUCUCUUUCUCUUCUCUUCUUCAUCUUCGCUGGUCGUCAUUUCAUAUGCAUUCUAGGUUAAUCUGCCGCAGCUGUUAUUGUUGAUUUUUAGACACGCAGUAGAUGAUAAAAUCUCUACUUUGUCCUCAUUUCAGUGAAUCAUCAACAGAACGUUUUCAGGAAGAAUAAUUGCUUAAAAGAGAUAUAAAAUAAAGAAAAGUUGUUAAAAGUACAUUAAAAGUAAAGAAUUAUCAGAGUAUAAUGUGACUGUAACAACGUCUGCACUUUAACAGGAAAUUGAACCAUGAGUGAAACUGUGAUUGUUAAAAAAUGAAAAUACACAAAUGUGCAAAGUUCAAUAAAACAUUUUGUUUUAUUAAAGAAAA